AUGGUCGAGGUGUCGUUCGGCGCGACGUCGUCGGCGCUGAGCGACCGGCGCGAGUUCCCGCUCUUCUUCCGCACCGCCGCCCCCGACUCCUCGCACAACCGCGCGCGCCUGGCGCUGGUGCGCGCCUUCGGCUGGGACACCGUCGCCGCGCUCUCGCAGCACCAGGACGUCUUCUCGCUGGCUGUGAACGACCUGGUGACGCAGCUGGAGCAGGCGAACGUGACGUGCGCGGCCACCGUCACCUUCUCCGAGGCGGACGUCGAGGACCAGCUGCGCGCGCUCAGGGAUAUGGAUACACGAAUCAUCAUUGGCAGCUUUUCCCCCGAGAUGGCUCCUAAGAUCUUUUGCGAGGCGCACCGCCUGGGGAUGUUCGGGCCGGACUACGCGUGGCUGGUGCCGGGCGGGCCGGACGCGGCGUGGUGGCGCGCCAGGGGCCCCCGCGGCGCCACCGCCGCCGCCGCCGCCUCCGCCUCCUCCACGGCCUCCGCCGGCGCCGCGGGCGCGGGCGCUGGCCCGGGCUGCGAGCCACGCCAUCUCGCCGCCGCCGUGCAGGGCCUGCUGCUGGUCUCCGGCCACACCCGCGCCGCCGGCGGCGCCCCGCCCGCCGCGGGACUG